CAUGGGAGCAGCGUCGUCGGGGCCUAGUCACACAGGCCGGGGGGCCUCGCGGACGCGCUCGUCCCGCCCCCCCCGCCGGUAUUCGCCCAGUAUAUCCCCGGGACGGCAGAGGGGGGAUAGUGGACAUAGCAGGGCCCCUUCGGGCCCCCCCGCGAAGCGGGCGGCGGGUAUUGUGUCGGAAGGCCCAGCCGGGGGCACCAGGAGUAGCGUGGGUGCAAGGGGGGGACGGCCAGGGGGCUCAGAUGCGGCGGCCUUGCCCGCCCGGCGUGUGGAUCAGGCAGUGACGGGCCCGGUGGUGGGGUCUCGGCGAGUGGGAUCGCAGGCCACGGUGGCUAGCCCCCCAGCUUCCUCGGCUAGCCACUUGCAGGAGGUGGAGCGCGUCGGCAGCAACAGGGUUACGCCAAGCAGGAAAGCUUCGGCAAAAUCGCCGCACGGGUCCAGGGCCCGCAGGGGGAGUGAAUCCGGCCCUGGGCCUUCGGCCUCCGGGACCCAGCCGCCCGGUGGGUCAUCAUCGGAGGAGGAGGAUCGGUCGGAGGGAGAGCGGUCGGGAUCUGAGGACGAGGUCUUGCCCAGGACGAUACCAGCAACGAGGGAUUCGAGACGGUCGGCUGAUGGGAUUGCUUCCACGCAGCCCGGUACUGGACCGCUUUUGGUCUGGAUAAUGGGCCACUCCUAUGUGGUUCGGGGGGCCAGACGGGCGGAUGAUCGCCCGACCGGUCGCCAGCUGGGAAUAUCGAGACAGGAGGCGAGUGUAAGGUGGUUGGGGGUCCCCGGGAUGUUAUGGAGCAAGGUGGUGCCGGAGGUGCACAAAUUUGCACGGCUGGACAGGCCACCGGAGGUUCUGGUUAUUCACGCCGGGGGGAAUGAUCUUGGAGUGAGAUCGAUGAUGGAGAUAGCACGGGACAUUAAAUUUGACUUUCAGCGGAUCCGGAUGUCCUUUCCGGAUACGAUAGUGGUGUGGUCAGACAUGGUGGCCAGGUCAACAUGGAGGAUGGCCAGGUCGGUAGAGGGGGUGAAUCGGGCGCGCAGGAAGAUAAACAGAAAUGUGGGGCGGUUUGUGCUCAGGAACGGGGGGCUAGUGGUUCGGCACCCCGAAUUGGAAGUGGACACAUGGAGAUACCUCAGGAGUGAUGGUGUUCACCUCACGGACGUGGGGAUUGAUAUGUGGGUGUUGCGUUUAGAGGAGGGGGUACAGCAAGCGAUGAGGGUGUGGAGGUGCUCCCAUAGGUAAGGGGUUACCUUUGGGUGCUGGUGG